AUGACCCCCAACCUGCAAUUGAGCCCGCAACUCGACCAUUUCAGCAUGAUAAGCAAAGGUUCCAUCCGCAUUGGAAAUGUUUCCGGUGCAACGGGCGACAUGCCCACUGCCAUGGCUAGAAUGGUGGCCGAAAACAACAUCGACGUGAUUACGGGGGAUUGGCUGUCCGAGAUGAACAUUGCCUGGAACGCUAUUGCUAAGAAGGACAACCGGGAACUGGGCUACGAAGACGGAUUCUUCAUGCAACUCGAGGAGUGUAUCGACGAUAUCGUUGCGAAGGGAAUCAAGGUUGUCACCAAUGCCGGAGCUUUGAACACUCAAUCCCUCACGAAGAAAGUACGCGAGCUGCUCCGAUCGAAGGGACAUGAUCAGAUCACCGUGGCUGCAGUGCUCGGCGACGACAUUUCGAAUUUGAUCCACGACCCGGAGCGGCGGAAAGACCUCCAUUUUCCUCACUUGGAUCAUGCGGAGCGGACAUUGGACGAUUGGAAUCUAGAGCCCUUUUGUGGAAACGCAUAUAUCGGAUGUCGAGGCAUAGUAGAGGCUCUCAAGGCUGGCGCAAGUAUCGUGAUAUGUGGACGGUGUACGGACGCAUCGCCUGUCAUGGGUGCUGCCGCGUGGCACUUUGGCUGGGAUCUGGAAGGUCAGUACGACGAGCUGGCGGGGGCACUGCUGGCCGGCCACUUGAUCGAAUGUGGCGCCUACGUUGUGGGUGCCAAUUUCUCCGGGUUCAAGGAGUUUCUGGACGACCUCGUUGACGUGGCAUUUCCCAUUGCCGAGAUUGAUGCUCGAGGUGGAUGUAUCAUCACGAAGACAUCGACAGGAGGUGGCCAUGUCACGACCGAGACUGUCAAGGCGCAGACGUUGUAUGAAUUGCAAGGCCACCUCUACCUCAACCCUGAUGUUGUGGCGGAUCUCUCAAAUAUUCAGAUUGAGGCAGAGGAGGGCUCGGAGGAUCGAGUCCGGGUCAUAGGUAUUGUCGGCCUUCCACCGCCGGCGACCACCAAAGCAAUGUUCGCUGCACCAGGUGGAUACCAGGCCGAGGCGACCUUCUUCAUCAAUGGACUCGACGUUGAUGCGAAGGCGCAAAUGAUGAAGCAGCAGCUGAACCACGUAUUCCAGAACCACAGAUUCAGCAAGCUGAGCAUUGAGCUGUAUGGAUCCGAGGUAGAAAACCCCGAGAGCCAGCAGGCUGGGACUCUUCAGUUGCGAGUCUUUGCACAGGCCCGGAGGAAGGAAGACAUUGUCGCUCCCCACUUUAAGACUCCGAUAUACGCGCUGAGGAUGCAAAGUUACCCCGGCUACCAUAUGAACCUGGACUUCCGGACUAUGGAUCCAAAGCCCUUCAUGGAGAUUUUCCCCGCUGUCAUUCCACUCUCCAUCAUCCAUCAUCAGGUUGAUCUGGGAAACGGAAGGCUGCUCGAGAUUCCGACCACGAAGAAGACAGCCGAGUAUCCAGCCGUGAGGCCAUCGUACGAGUCGGCCGAUCCUAUCGACUUGGCUUCCCUAGGUCCUACAGCGAGGGUCCCUUUAGGUAGUAUUGUGCACGCAAGGUCAGGUGACAAGGCGGACAAUUCAAACAUCGGCUUUUUCGUCCGCCACGAGGACGAAUACCCCUGGCUGAAAACACUCCUGACUGUGAAGAAGCUCAAGGAGCUGUUUGGAAAAGACUGGUUCAAAUGCGAUCCUUCUCGACGAGUCGAGCGAGUUGAAUUCCCCAAAAUCCUUGCUGUCCAUUUUCGUGUUCUGGACAACCUCUCCGGUGGCAUCGCCUCUUCGGAUCGCAUCGAUGGACUUGGUAAAGGCAUUGGCGAAUACUUGAGGAGUAGGCAUGUCGAUAUCCCGUUACAGUUUCUCAACCGAGGCCGAAUAUAA